AUGUCAUCAUCGUUCUCUCCUUCGUCUUCUCUCGCUCAUGAUCGCUCAACCACAAACCUAUCUUCUCCCUCUCCUCCUCUCAUCCCUCGACCGACUCUCUUUGACUGGAUCAAGGAACAUCUGCUCUACAUGAACCAUGCCACUCCCUACAAAAUCAAUAUUUUAAAUUUAGGAAAAAGUAAUAGACGAAAUAUUCACUAUGAUCGGUUCCAAUUACAGAUACCAUUCUUUGAUGAUGCUUUGACUUUGCACUUGUUUUAUGAUGGAAACAAACCUCACUCACCUUUUGAUUUACAAAUUAUUUCCGAUGUUAUGAACGGAUCCUAUUUGCAACAUUUCAUGUUGGACAUUUCCAAAAUGAAAUCCAUAAUGGAAUGGAAAGAAUUAUAUUUGAAAUAUUCAUCACAAAACUAUCACCCAAUGAGCGGUACUGAUUUAAAUACACCAAUUAUAACAUCGGAAUAUAUGUCUCAAUUUACGUUUAAAUCGAUAGAAGAAGUUUUACUGAAUUUAAGAGAUUAUUUCAAAUUGAUUCUGAGUCAUCACAGAAAUGAAAAUAUUAAAUUUGAGUUUGAGACAAGCUCCUCCAUUCCUGGUGUCACUUAUUACAUCAAGGAGUUCAGAAGUGACUCCUUUACAACUGAAGACGCCUCCAUAAUAGAAAAGGUAUAUUUUUCAAUUCCCCUUUCAAUAAGUGGAAUUGACAAAAUUGAGGAAUAUCAACGAUUGUUUGAUCCCACAACUAUUGAGCUACCAGACGCAAAACCUAAACUUUUGAUUUAUUAUUCAUUUGAUAAGAGUAGAAAUUGUAUUGUGAAUGUAAAUACCGAAAUUAUUUAUCCCAUUGAUGUGAAAAAUAACAAGAGGCUUGAAUGGCUAACACAGAUAGCACCACCUACAUGGAAUCAAGGAAAGUCAUGUAUAUUAGAAUAUCUUUCAGAAACCACAGAAAAUAUUGAAAAAGAGGUUGAAAAAUCAUAA